UUAUGCUUGUCGGAGCCGUCUGAUGAGCGUCCUAUAACGCAAAAAUACAUUUGACAAUUGUGAAUGUAUUAAUGAUAUUAUUAUCAUGGAUGUAGAUUUGCUUAGACCGGGAACAGUCCCGAUUUCGCCGGAUACGAUAUUGUGGUUCGAAUUUUUAUUGAAUCCCUCUUUGCUGCAGAAGCAUCUGUCAAAACCCUUCCCAGAUCCAUCGCCUACAGAUCUGAUAAUUAAAUUUAUGACAAUUAAUUCUGAUCAAAAAGAGACUGAGGCAAAAGCCAUUGAAGCAGAAUUAAUCGAUAUAAAAUCUAAUGGCACAACCAAAUGGUGUCAUAAAAAUUUAGCAUUAAAGAUACUUUCUUUGAAAGUGGCAGCAUAUCUCAAAUGGGACUUGGAUAUACUGGAGAAGAAACUACCUCUGCCUAUACAGUUGACAUUGCUGCAAGAUCUAUUUUAUAUUACCAGUGAUGUUACGGUAGAAAUACCUACAAUUCCAGAAUUCUUUAUAGAAACAGCUUCUGAUCAAUUUCUGUUUACAUUGGUUUUAUAUCACAGAUGGCAUCUGAGAGCCAUUAUUUAUAGGGCUCUCAGUAACAAACCCAAACAACAAUUACUUCAUAUACCAGGUACUCAAGAAUCAACAUAUGUACCUCCAGGUAUAGUGGACGAUAUUAUUAGGAAAUUAGAAGCGCACAUACCAAAUAGCGUAAGUGCCCUAAAUGCUAUUUUACAAAUGUCUGAUAUAAAGCCAAAGAUCCUUUCUUUUGAUACCUUUCAAAUGUUGACUGAAGACAGUACAGAAAUUAAACAAAAUUGGGAAAAUAUGUGCCUGGUAAACAUAGAUGAAUUUAAAUGUCAGAUACAUUACGAUCUUGCGAUGUUUCAUUUACUGAGGGAAGAAUAUCAAGAGGCAACUCAUCAUAUUAAGCAAGCCAAGGAGUUGUACAAUAAUUUUAAUUCAGCAGAAAAAUUUGUGUACUGUAAAGUGCAAAAAGAAUUUCUAGAUGGUUGUUGUUUAGCAUGCGAAGUGCCGCUGGAAGAGAUUAAACCUAGUCUUACUCAGCGUUUGCAGUCUUCUAUUAAAGAUCAAUAUACUAAUAUAUUGCAGAUUUUGCAAGCAGAUAAUAUUUUCAGGGAGAUACCGCAAGUUUAUAGAGACAAUUUGGAAUUGGAUGUGCAAGGUGGAUUGGUAAACAGGAAAUUCGUAGUUGCCCGGGAUCUUCUGUUACAAAUACAGUGCUUAAAUCUGGUUAGGAAAAUCCUUGACAACAGUAUAAUACUGGGUGACUAUGUAACGGAAAUUAAGGCAGCUGGUCCAAAAGGUCUAGAUGUCUUAUUUUGGGCUUUAGAUAACGUGCUGGAGAAAGCAACAGUCACAGAUAAAAAACAAAUUUCUCGUUAUCUUCUCUACCUUGUAAACACUGCUGAUGUAGAAGGACUUGCUUCUAAGAUAUUUAACAAUCCUUCCUUCUCGUCAUUAUUUGAUGAAACGGAGCUCGCUGUCUUUCAACAAACCGUUAAUUCCAACGAAAUUGAAAUACCAAACUUAUUGCUGCAAAAUGACUGGGGUAUCCCAUCUGUACCAUAUAUACAAAAUUCGAGAAUCGAAGUGUUUGAAUUAGAACAGAGACUGAUAGAAUCUUACAAUUCUCAUAUAAUUCGUGAAACAUUGAUCCAUCUAGAUGGAAAGAAACGUAUGAAACCAUUAUGGCAUGUGAACAACUGUUGGGAGUUACCCAUACCGUUGCAAAGCGUAGUAAUGUCACUUCCCAGAGGUUUUCUUCAAGAUUAUUCCUACGUCCUGCUCGCAAAGAGUCGAGAAUUGGUGACAUCCAAAGAUUUUGAUGGCGCCAUCGAGUUGUUGAAGGUACUGGAUAAAGAGUUACAAGAAAAUAUGAAAAACGGAGGUCCUCUGGUUUUCAAGUUGUGCAAGCUAGUAAGCUGGGAACUCCUGCUUGUCGAAAUAUGGAAGUGUUUUCAUGCUUGGCCGGCAACAAAUGUCUGUGAUAUGCAAAGUAUGGUCACACGGAGUAAACAGUGCCUUGGUGCGUUGGAAGCGUCCGAUCAGCUGAUCCCGCGGCAAGAAAUAAUAGAAUAUUGUACGGUCUUUCUUUUAAAUAUGGCUGAAUGGGAUUAUCUCAUCAAUUUAGAGAAGCGUUGGAGUUAUACUGAAUUUGCAGCUGCCAUCAGUGGUGUUUGCCAAGAUGUUGUCAAAUACAAGGGAACUCGCAAAUUUGCGAGAGACGCUUGGGAUAUGAUUUUAGUCGCAUUCGGUCCCAGCAGAGAUCAACAGCAGAAACGCAGUAGCAGUAACAGUUCAGGAAGUUCUGGCAGUGGCACGUCAAGAGAUAUUGCUGCUAGUAUCGCUGUUACGUUUACCCGACUACGAGAACCCAUGGUUCUUACUGUAGUUAUAUCAUUGUUGGCACGUUUGCGCAAUGUCUUGCGCGACGAAUCUAGUCUGGAAUUACACACACAGUAUCUAGCCCUUUGGCCUGCUGGAGUACCUAAUGCAAAUUCAUACAACAUCAGAUAUAUUGGAGAACUAUUAUUUCAACUAUUGACACAGGCCCUCAAGUAUUAUCCCUGCAACGUACCUUGGUUGAGAUUAAUGGGUGAUCUUAAUUUUGUUUUAUCAUAUUAUGAAAGCGCAAUGAAGUAUUACUUGGAAGCUAUCAUGGUAGCUAGUGAUUUAUUCAGCCAGCCGACACCACGCACACAGAUAGACGAUCUUGUUUACAGAAGAAUGAUCAAAUGCUGCGCUCAUUUGCAGUGCUAUACUCAAGCGGUUGUACUAUGUCAAUUUUUAGAAGAAGUGGAUUAUACUCUGGCGUUUAAGAUGGCAGGUAGUGAUCAAAAGAGCUGUGCUGCUGCUGAUGCCAUGGAUGCAUAUUAUCAUUGUAUUUGGGACACGACAAUACUCGAGUAUCUCAUAUAUCUACACACAAAACGCGGAGAGCAUCACAGAAAGCAACUCGCGAUCAAAGUCAUCGGUUUAUUGGAAUUAAAUUCUAACAACAACGAAGAAAUUCAAAGAGAAGCGGCUAAUAUUCGAAAAGCUAAAUUUUUAAGGGCGUUAGCAAAGCAAUAUGUUUAUUAGACAAGAUUGUAAUAUUAUAUAUAUUUCUAUUUAUA